AGUAAGAGUUCAGAGCUUGAGGAGGAAACAUCAGAGAGGAGAGAUGCGUCGACAAUGAACUAAUCAAUAAAUGGAUCUAAUCAGGAGGAAUGUAAAGCAGCCGCUGCUGCUGUUUCUCCUCUUUCUGCCGCUCUCAGGUGUUUUAUGUUUCAGUGAGUUGUUCUUCAUCAGGGAGCCUCAUGACGUGACGGUGAUGAGGAGGGAUUCUGUGGUUCUGGACUGUCAGGCUCACGGAGAGUCUCCCAUCGACGUGCGGUGGAUCAGGAACGGAGUCCGAGUCCUGGAGAGCGACCGAGUCUACCGGCUGUCCAACGGCUCGCUCUUCAUCUCCGAGGUGGAGAGCAGACGAGGAGACAGAUCAGACGAAGGCCUCUACCAGUGCCUGGCCCAGAACCAGUACGGAGCCAUCCUCAGCCAGAAGGCCCGGCUCACAAUCGCCAGUAUCUCAGCUUUUACAAUCCAGCCGACCUCCAUCGUGGUGACUGAAGGAUCAGUCGCCAGGUUCUCGUGCAGAAUCAGCGCCCACCCUCCGUCCAUCAUCACCUGGGAGUUCAACCGGGUCACGCUGCCGCUCGCCACUGAACGAAUCACAGUGCUGCCCAGUGGCGUUCUGCAGAUCUACGGCGUUCAGGCGGCAGACGCUGGAGGUUACCGAUGCAUCGCCACCAACAUCGCCAGCCGCCGCCGCAGCACGGAGGCCACGCUCACCGUCACGCCAGCUCCGAGGCCCCUCCUCCCUCAGAGGCCUCGUAUCAUCGCGGGUCCUCAGAACGUGUCGGUGUCCCUGCACCAGAACACCAUCCUGGAGUGCAUGGCGACAGGAAACCCGCGGCCCAUCAUCUCGUGGAGCCGCGCCGACAGCCGGUCCAUCGACGUCUACAACACCAAAGUCCUGGGGAACGGGAACCUGAUCAUCUCCGACAUCAAGCCGCAGCACGCCGGCGUCUACAUGUGCCGAGCGACCACGCCGGGGACACGCAACUACACCGUCGCUGCCGCCAACGUCACCGUGCUCGCCCCUCCCUCCCUGGUGGAGUGGCCGGAGAGCCUGACCCGUCCGCGGGCCGGCACCGCUCGCUUCGUCUGCCAGGCUGAAGGAGCUCCGGCUCCAAACAUCACGUGGCUGAAGAACGGAGAGAAGGUCCAGUCCAACGGGAGGAUCAAGAUGUACAACAGUAAGCUGGUGAUCAACCAGAUCAUCCCUGAGGACGAUGCUAUCUACCAGUGCCAGGCGGAGAGCGCGGCGGGCUCGGUGCUGGCGAUGGCGCGGCUGAUCGUGGUGAUGUCGGAGGACCGGCCCUCGGCUCCCAGGAACCUGAGGGCCGACACCGUGUCCAGCUCCGCCAUCCUGCUGGCCUGGGACCGGCCCCAGUACAACGCCGACAAGGUCAUCGCCUACUCCGUCCACUACAUGAAGGCUGAAGGAUUAAACAACGAGGAGUAUCAGGUUGUGAUUGGAAACGAUACGACUCGCUACAUUAUUGACGAGCUGGAGGCGGCUCGUAACUACACCUUCUACGUGGUGGCGUACAUGCCGCUGGGCGCCAGCCGCAUGUCGGACAACGUGCUGCAGCACACGCUGGAGGAUGUCCCCCUGCGGGCCCCUGAGCUCAGUCUGACCAGUCGGGGCCCCGGGGACAUCAGGGUUUCGUGGCAGCGUCUCCCAGAGAAGCUGAGUCGAGGCCGGGUCACGGCCUACCGCCUGGCGUACAGAACCAGCUCUGAGAACACGGUGUCUCAGGUAGAACUACCUGGAGAACAGAACCAGUUCCUCCUGGAGAACCUGCAGCCGGACACCAUCUACCUGCUGAGGGUCUCUGCUGCCACCAGCGUGGGCUGGGGGGACCCGUCCGCCUGGACCUCCCACCGCACGCCCAAGGCCUCCAGCGCCAGAGUUCCUAUGGCUCCUGAGCUGCUGCUGGAGCCUCUGAACUGCACCACCCUGCUGGCUCGCUGGCAGCUGCUGCACAGGAACUCCGCCGCCGCCGAAGGCUUCAGACUCUUCUACCACGAGGAGAGCCAAUCAGAGAGGAGCCCCGUCCAGCUGCCCGCCUCCCAGAACGCCUUCACCAUCCACGGCCUCGACCCCAGGAAGAAGUACCACGUUAAGCUUCUGGCUUAUAACUUUAUAGGAGACGGUUACCAGGCCGACCAGACCAUCAGCACGCCAGGAUGUGUCUCUGUUAGAGACCGGCUGGUGCCUCCUCCUCCUCCUCCUCACCAGGUGAACUCGAGGAGCAACAGCUCCUCCUCAGUGUUUCUGUGGUGGGCUCGCCCAGCGUUCUCCUCCAGCCAGAGCCUCAACUACACCGUCCGCUGCCACGCCGUCGGGCUGCAGAACGCCUCGCUGGUCCUCUACCUGCACACGAGUGAGCAGCACCUCCUGGUCAGAGAUCUGGAGCCAAACACCAAGUAUGAGUUUGCGAUUCGACUCCACAUGGAGCAGCUGUCGAGUCCCUGGAGCCCCGUGGUCUACCAGAGCACACUGCCUGAAGCUCCCUCCGUGGCUCCGUCCAGCGUGAGGGUGACUCUGAUAGAGGAGGACACAGCUCUGGUGUCAUGGAAACCUCCUGAUGAACCAAACGUCUCAGUGACUCACUACAACAUCCUGUUCGCCUCCAGAAACGCCUGGAUCUCUGGAGACAGGCAGCUGCUGCACAGGGAGGGAAGCAUCACCAUGGCUCUGCUGGAGAACCUGAAGCCUGGUCAGAUCUACUUUGUCAAAGUUUCAGCUUCCAACAACAUGGGUGAUGGUCCGUACUCCCAGACGGUGGAGCUGGUGGUCCGGGCCGACCUCUCCUCCGGUCGGGACCCUCGACUCUCUCGGGACUCCAACCGCUCCAGCUUCUCUGACGGUUUCUACCACCUGGACCAGAAGUCCAUGACGGGGAUCACUGUGGGCGUCUGCAUCGCUCUCACCUGCAUCAUCAUCUGCGCCUUCAUCAUCGUCUGCAGAGGAAGAAACAGGAAACUUUCCUCUGUGAAAGCGUUCAGAGAAGCCGUGAACACAUCUGGCUCAGCAGCACAUCUGGGCUCCGAGGGGCCGAACGCCGACGCCAGCGCCAACAUGAGUCCAAACAGCUUCCUGGACACCAAGGGAGGAACAAACCUGAUCAUCAACGUUCUGGGCCCGGUCCAGCCCGGAUCCACCAGGACGGACCGCUGGUUCUCCUUCAGCAGCAACGGGAGGAAGGACAGUAGAGCAGCACAGACCAUGAGGCUCAGCAGCGCCCCCUACCAGCCCGGGACCACCGUGCUGACCUAUGAGGAGGAGCUGUCCCCGGACCAGCCGUCCCCGCUGCAGGCGCUGCUGUGGCGUCCUGGGGACUCGGAGGGCUCGUCCAACAGCGAGGGCAGCCACGCCACCGGGGACUCGGGACGCUUCUCCCACGACGAGACCGAGAUGACCAACCUGUCCACCGGGACCGCCAGCCGCCCCGCCUCCCUCACCGCCGAGGACGGACAGCGCUCCGAGGACGGCCAAUGCUCCGAGGACGGCCAACGCUCCGAGGACGGCCAGCGCUCCGAGGACGGCCAGCGCUCCGAGGACGGGGGCCCGGACCCCGAGUCUGACGGGUCUGACGGGUCUGACGGGUCUGGAGCGCUGCUGGAGGAGAGUCAGACUGAGUCCGUCUGUCAGAGCUCUCAGUCUGCACUUCCUGUCCAAACUGAGUCAGAAGUCUGUGGUGUUCCUCAGGGCUGA